AUGGUGAAAAUCGAGACCUUUGAGAUUGAUCGAUGGAUCAUGACACACGGCCCAAGGGCCAAGCACAACCUGGCCAGCUCCUACUGUGCUUCCAUCUCGGUCAAUGAGCUUUCCUCGCUCUCGACAGCCGACGACGGAGACAAAGACCCUUGGACCUCGCUGCUGGCGACACCGAUGAAUUAUGGUCCACUGAAAGGCUCUGAGGCCCUCCGGCAAAAUAUAUCCAACCUGUACUCAAAAGAGUCACCUGGCGCCCCUGCUGCUGACAAUAUCCUCAUCACGCCUGGCGGCUCCCUUGCCAACUUCAUUGCCGUCUAUGCCUUGGUUGGACCGGCCGACCAUGUCAUCGUGCAAUACCCAACCUACCAGCAGCUCUACGCCCUUCCGGCGGGGGUAGGAGCAGAGGUGAGUCUGUGGAAGGCAAAAGAGGACGAGGGCUGGGCGCUUGACGUCGACGAGCUCAAGGGUCUUGUCCGCCCCAACACCAAGAUGAUCAUCCUCAACAACCCCGUCAAUCCGACCGGUACAGCAAUCCCCAAGUCCAAGCUGGCUGCGAUAGUAGCUUUGGCAACGCACCAUUCGAUCACCAUUCUCUGCGACGAGAUCUAUUAUCCCCUGUUCCAUUCGAUCCCGACCACAGAUCCCGAGCGCCCACCGUCAAUCCUCUCGUUCGGAUACAAGAACGUCAUUGUAACCAGCACAUUAUCCAAGGCUUACUCCCUGGCUGGAAUCCGCAUCGGGUGGCUUGCCUCGCACGAUCCAACCAUCCUCGAUCUCUGCAUCAAUGCGCGGGCUUACGCUCUCAUCACCGUCAGCCAGCUCGACGACCAACUGGCCGCGUUCGCCCUCAGCCCACCGCGCCUUGAUACUCUGAUCGCAAAGAACAUAACGCUAGUCCGCCGGAACCUAGCCCUUGUCCAGGAACUGAUUGAUCGACAUCCUUCUAUUUGCCAGUGGACUCCGCCGGUAGCGACUCCCAUCGGGUUCAUCAAACUCACACGUUCCGGCAGACCAGUUGACGAUGUCGACUUCUGUAUCCGACUGUUGCGAGAGAAGAGUGUCCUCCUCGUGCCUGGGAGCAAAUGCUAUGGCAAUGGAGUCGAAUUCAAAGGCUAUGUGCGGUUGGGGUUUGGCUGCCAGACGGAGCAGCUGAGGGAAGCCCUGCAGGCGCUGGAGAGGUUUUUGGAGGAGGAAUACGCCCUCCCUGUCCUGUAA